UAUAUAUCGUAAACAAAAAACGAGUUUAUUGGUCUUCAUUUAAGGUUAGGUAUAAAGUUAGCAGUUUGGUUGAAGUUUUAAGAAGAUAUAUUUUAGAAAUAGGCGGGGUUUAUUCAUUUUGUGGUUGUGAUAACUAGUUGACGACCGAAAAUUAGGGGAUAUGACCCGGAAGUGGAAAUGGCGUUUACGUGGGCUAGUCCAAAAACACGCUCGCCAAGCAGUUACGAACAACGCGUUGAGAAGUCAAACCUGUAAUCUCAUACUUUCUCGAGACUAUAUUGUUGUCAUCAUGCCCGUGUGGUGUUCUGUACCAUACUGUGCUAAUUACAAACAAGCGCAAAAAAAAGGAGUAAUCUUUCACAGUUUACCUACCGGAGAUAUACCCCGAUGCCGUAAAUGGCUCGCGGCUAUCAAGAAUAAUAUUUACAAUGUCAACACACCAGUGGCCAAGUAUCAAAACAUCCGCGUAUGUAGUCAACAUUUUCGUCCAGAAGAUUAUUUGAGGGAUUAUCAAUCUGAAUUGAUGGGGAAGCCAAAUCGACGGCAGCUAAAAAGGGACGCGAUACCAUCGGUGUUUUCCUUCACAACAAAACGGAAGACAUCCGAUCAACCAACACCAGCACAGAAGAAAAGAUCUCGAUUAGAGUAUCUGAACAGUAUUGAAGCUCUCAUCACACCAGAGGUGGCUCCAAUAUUGCCUGGAAGGAAGAACAAAGGUGUUCUGACUCGUCCCCGUGUCCAGGAUUCUGGAACCAGCAUUGACAUUACACCUGAGAGUGCAGAUGUGUGUGUGAACAGAGUCUGUCUGCUGCAGCUCUUCCUGCUCUGCGAGAGGUGUGGCUGCGACUGUGAUGCCAGGAUCCAGGAUGAACUGGGUUGCUUCUCUGUCGUUCAGAAAUGCCCGUUCUGCAGUCACCACAGGAAAUGGAUGAGCCAGCCCUCUUUUGCCCAGGAAACCUGUGGAUUGAAGGAAGAGGCGAUUGGAGGGACUUGGUCCCAGCCAUGUGAAGACAGAGACCCAGACCUAGAGAACAUUUGCUUGACUAUGGAAAUCACUGAGGAGUUGUGUGAACAUGAUGCUCGGUCCUCGGACGAGGAGAGUGAGGAGGACGAAAAGCCCAAGAAGCGGAAUAAGCAGGAGAGAUCAGAUGAGACCGAGUGGGAGCCGUCUGACGAGGAAGACAUUGUAAUGGAGUCUGAUUCUUCUGAGGAUUUGGAAACGGCAGGUUCCUCUGGUCUAACAGAAAAGGCUGACGUUGAUAAUUCUCAGAGCGGAAUAGAGAAAGAAGAGAGACUUGUGGAGUGGUGCACUGACUGUGGAGCCGAGCCUGUACUCGCCUGCACCACACAGCGCCAUAAGAAGCUGUACGCCUGUGGUGUGUGUGUGAGUGAGGUCCAACAAGCUGUUGGAUUUGACCGAUUCUACAUGCAGUUCGAGGACCCGGCCAGCUUCAAGGAACAUGUACGACGUGAACACAACACAAAACCUCAUAGGUUGCUCUGUACAGACUGUGGCAUCUUUCCUCACAAGAAGGACCAUUGGUGUGAGCACAAGAUCAAGAAAUUCCGCUGUGUAGACUGUGGUAAGCGCUGUAGAACUGAAACGGGUAUCAAGAUUCACAGGCACCUCCACCACCCUGACCAUGUUUUCCCCUGUAAGUUCUGCCUGCAGCCAUUCAAAACCAGGUCAGACAAACUGACACACGAUGAAAGCCAUCAGGGUGAGAUCUCUCCCUACCAUUGCUCAGAAUGCUCCGGUAAAUUUGAUGACCUAAUGGCAAGGAACAGCCACCUACGAACCCACAGCAACCUGAAUAGAAACAUCUGCCACGCUUGUUACAAAGAAUAUUCUAACAAAAACCAUCUGGAGAGGCACAUGCUUAUUCACACAAGGCAGAAGCCCCACAUGUGCCAGGUCUGCCAACAGUCCUUCAACCAAGCGAGCCACCUUAAGUCCCACAUGCGCCUCCACACAGGGGAGAGGCCCUUCAAGUGCCAACAGUGUGAGAAGUGCUUCAAUCACAAUGUCAGUUUGAAGAACCACAUCCAACGCUAUCAUGGCCCUGAGAAGAGCUGAGGAAGAGGAGAGUUACACAGGCUGAGGGAGAGGAGACUACCGCAGGCUGAGGGAGAGGAGACUACCGCAGGCUGAGGGAGAGGAGAGUUACACAGGCUGAGGGAGAGGAGACUACCACAGGCUGAGGGAGAGGAGACUACCACAGGCUGAGGGAGAGGAGACUACCACAGGCUGAGGGAGAGGAGACUACCACAGGCUGAGGGAGAGGAGACUACCGCAGGCUGAGGGAGAGGAGACUACCGCAGGCUGAGGGAGAGGAGACUACCGCAGGCUGAGGGAGAGGAGACUACCGCAGGCUGAGGGAGAGGAGACUACCGCAGGCUGAGGAAAUUUCUGUUUUUUUCAACCGGAAAUUAAAAUGAGCUAUUUACUACUACUUUAACCAGUACUUUGUUUGUGUUGAUGUUAUAUAACAUGUAUUGAUUACUUUCUACAUAUUUUAAACAUUUGGAAUGCCAGUUGUUUUAAUAGUUGUUGAAAUAUCAUAUUAGAAAAUAGUUAUAUUUAUAUAGAGGAUUUUUGUAUUUGCUGUCAUGAGGAUGAUUUAAAGUUCCAUUUUGAAAUACUGCCUUUAUAGAUUUCCGUGCAACUUUUAAGAUUUGAAGUCGAUGUAAUAUUCAAGCUCAAUAUAAUAUCCAACUAUUUCACUGAUUCAUAGUCCGCUCAGUUCUGUGACAUAAACAGAAUUGUUCAACAGAGUGGAUAACUGUACAAUUCAUUAUGCACGUGCUUCACAUACGAAUGCAGAAAUGUAUUUGUAUUUAUUAUGGAUCCAUUAGUUCCUGCCAAGGCAGCAGCUACUCUUCCUGGGGUUUAUUAAGGAUCCCCAUUAGUUCCUGCCAAGGCAGCAGCUACUCUUCCUGGGGUUUAUUAAGGAUCCCCAUUUAGUUCCUGCCAAGGCAGCAGCUACUCUUCCUGGGGUUUAUUAUGGAUCCCCAUUAGUUCCUGCCAAGGCAGCAGCUACUCUUCCUGGGGUUUAUUAAGGAUCCCCAUUAGUUCCUGCCAAGGCAGCAGCUACUCUUCCUGGGGUUUAUUAUGGAUCCCCAUUAGUUCCUGCCAAGGCAGCAGCUACUCUUCCUGGGGUUUAUUAAGGAUCCCCAUUAGGUCCUGCCAAGGCAGCAGCUACUCUUCCUGGGGUUUAUUAUGGAUCCCCAUUAGUUCCUGCCAAGGCAGCAGCUACUCUUCCUGGGGUUUAUUAUGGAUCCCCAUUAGUUCCUGCCAAGGCAGCAGCUACUCUUCCUGGGGUUUAUUAUGGAUCCCCAUUAGUUCCUGCCAAGGCAGCAGCUACUCUUCCUGGGGUUUAUUAUGGAUCCCCAUUAGUUCCUGCCAAGGCAGCAGCGACUCUUCCUGGGGUUUAUUAAGGAUCCCCAUUAGUUCCUGCCAAGGCAGCAGAUACUCUUCCUGGGGGUUUAUUAUGGAUCCCCAUUAGUUCCUGCCAAGGCAGCAGCGACUCUUCCUGGGGUUUAUUAUGGAUCCCCAUUAGUUCCUGCCAAGGCAGCAGCGACUCUUCCUGGGGUUUAUUAUGGAUCCCCAUUAGUUCCUGCCAAGGCAACAGCUACUCUUCCUGGGGUUUAUUAUGGAUCCCCAUUAGUUCCUGCCAAGGCAGCAGCUACUCUUCCUGGGGUUUAUUAUGGAUCCCCAUUAGUUCCAUGCCAAGGCAGCAGCUACUCUUCCUGGGGUCCAGCAACAUUAAGACAGUUUAUACCAUUUUAAAAACAUUACAAUACGUUCAUAACAGAUUUCCCAACACACUGUGAGCCCUUAGGCCCCUACUCUACCACAUAUCUACAGUACAAAAUCCAUGUGUAAGUGUGUGUGUACAGUGCUUAUAUUAUCGUGUGUGUGUGUAUAGUGCUUAUAUUAUUGUUUGUGUAUGUGUGUGUGUGUGUGUGUGUGUAUGCAUGUGUCUGUACCAAUGUUUGUUGCUUCACAGUCCCUGCUGUUCCAUAAGGUGUUUUUUUUAAUCUAAUUUUACUGCUGGCAUGAGUUACUUGAAGUGAAAUAGAGUUCCAUGUAGUCAUGGCUCUAUGUAGUACUGUGCACCUCUCACAGUCUGUUCUGGACAUGGGGACUAUGAAGAGACCUCUGGUGGCAUGUCUUGUGGCGUAUGCAGUACCAGUAGUUCAAACAGACUGCUCGGUGCAUUCAACAUGUCAAUACCUCUCAUAAAUACAAGUUGUGAUGAAGUCGAUCUCUCCUCCACUUUGAACCAGGAGAGAUUGACAUGCAUAUUAUUAAUAUUAGCUCACGGUGUACAUCCAAGGGUCAGCCGUGCUGUCCUGUUCUGAGCCAAUUGCAAUUUUCCAAAGUCCCUAUUUGUGGCACCUGACCACAUGAUGGAACAGUAGUCCAGGUUUCGACAAAACUAGGGCCUGUAGGACCUGCCUUGCUGAUAGUGCCAUUAAGAAAGUAGAGCAGCGUUACUCCAAGCAGUUUAGUCACCUCAGUACUACACGACUUGCUCAAUUUCCACAUUGUUUAUUAAAAGAUUUAGUUGAGGUUUAGAGUUUAGUGAAUGAUUUGUCCCAAAUACAAUGCUUUUAGUUUUAGAAACAUUUAGGACUAACUUAUUCCUUGCCACCCUCUCUGAAACUAACAGGAACUCUUUGUUAAGUGUUGCAGUCAUUUCAGUUGCUGUCUCUAGAGGGUUGAAACAGCAGGUCUGGGACAAGGUAGCAUGUCCAGUGAACAGGUCAGGGUUCCACAGCCGCAGGCAGAACAGUUGAAACUGGAGCAGCAGCACGACCAGGUGGACUGGGGACAGCAUGGUCCUAGGGCUCAGGUCCUCAGAGAGAGAGAGAGAAAAAAAAGGCGAAUUAAAGCAUACUUAAAAUCACACAGGACACCGGAUAAUACAGGAGAAAUACUCCAGAUAUAACAAACUGACCCUAGCCCCCCCAACACAAACUAUUGCAGCAUAAAUACUGUAAAUAGGUUUGUAGAAUUUUGCUAAUUUAUUAAAAAUAAAAAACAGCAAUACCUUAUUUACAUAAGUAUUCAGACCCUUUGCUAUGAGACACGAAAUUGAGCUCAGGUGCAUCUUGUUUCCAUUGAUCAUCCUUGAGAUAUUUCUACAACUUGAUUGGAGUCCACCUGUGGUAAAUUCAAUUGAUUGGACAUGAUUUGGAAAGGCACACAGUUGUUUAUAUAAGGUCCCACAGUUGACAGAGCAUGUCAGAGCAAAACCCAAGCCAUGAUGUCGAAGGAAUUGUCCAUAGAGCUCAGAAACAAGAUUGUGUCGAGGCACAGAUCUGGAGAAGGCUACCAAAAAAUGUCUGCCACAUUGAAGGUGCCCAAGAACACAGUGGCCUCCAUCAUUCUUAAAUGGAAGAAGUUUGGAACCACCAAGACUCUUCCUAGAGCUGGCUGCCCGGCCAAAAUGUGCAAUCGGGGAGGAGGGCCUUGGUCAGGGAGGUGACCAAGAACCCGAUGGUCACUCUGACAGAGCUCUAGAGUUCCUCUGUGGAGAUGGUUGUCCUUCCGGAAGGUUCUCCCGUCUCUGCAGCACUCCACCAAUCAGGUCUUUAUGGUAGAGUGGCCAGACGGAAGCCACUCCUCACUAAAAGGCACAUGACAAGCCGCUUGGACUUUUCCAAAAGGAACCUGAAGACUCAGACCAUGAGAAACAAGAAUCUCUGGUCUGAUGAAACCAAGACUGAACUCUUUGGCCUGAAUACCAAGCGUCACGUCAGGAGGAAACCUGUCAACAUCCCUACGGUGAAGCAUGAUGGUGGCAGCAUCAUGCUUUGGGGAUGUUUUUCAGUGGCAGGGACUGUAAGACUAGUCAUGAUCGAGGCAAAGAUGAACAUGGCAAAGUACAGAGAGAUCCUUGAUGAAAACCUGUUUGAGAGCGCUCAGGACUUAAGACUGGGGCGAAGGUUCACCUUCCAACAGGACAAUGACUAAUCACACGGCCAAGACGAUGCAGGAGUGGCUUCAGGACAAGUCUCAAUGUUCUUGAGUGGCUCAUCCAGAGCCCGGACUUGAACAUAUCAGGAGAGACAUGAAAAUAGCUGUGCAGCGACACUCCCCAUCCAACCAUACAGAGCUGAGUGGAUCUACAGAAAAGAAUGGGAGAAACUCCCCAAAUAUAGGUGUCCCACGCUUGUAGUGUCAUACCCAAGAAUAAUUGAGGCUGUAAUUGCUGCCAAAGGUACUUCAACAAAGUAUCCCUCUAGGCUGGGUAAAGUCCUAUUUUUCAGGAAGGGAGCAAGUAGUAGAGGUUAAUGGUUACAUGUCUUAGGCAAAACCAAUGAGUUGUGGCGUUCCGCAGGGGAGCGUGCUUGGGCCUCUGCUGUUUUUAUUGUAUAUUAAUGAUGUUGAAGAUGCUUGUUCUUGCUGUCUUUUUCUGUUUUCUUUUCUUUUAUGACUCUACACUUCUGGAGUCUCACAAAAGUAAAACUAUCUUGGAGAGCAUACUGAGCACAGAGCUUACUAACAUUAGCAAAUGGCUUGGAGAUAAUAAGCUAUCUCUGCACUUAGGGAAACAUGAAGCAAUUAUUUUUGGAUCCAGACGUUAUAUUGUGUAGGUUGUCUGAAAUCAGAGUGGAGUUAGGGGGUGAGGUGCUGACUACUAAAACCUCUUAUCUACUUGGGAUGUAUCCUUGAUGGAAUCUUGGGAGGUGUGAGCAUGGCCAAUAAGGUGCUAGGGAAGGUUAAUGCCAGGACUAAGUUUUUGUCUAGAAAGUCCAAGCUGCUUGAUAAGGACUCCAUGAAAGUGCUAGCUACUGCCCUCAUUCAAUGCUAUUUUGACUAUGCUAGUACUUCCUGGUUUGGGGGCUUAUCUAAACGUAUGAAGGGGAAGUUCCAGAUAGCCCAGAAUAAGCUGAUCAGUGUGGUAUUAAAGGUGGGUCCACGUACUCACAUAGGCAGGAGCUGCUUUCAGGAACUAAACUGGCUGCCUGUUGAGGCUAAGCUAGGGUGUCCCAGAUUAGACUAGGUUUGGUUUACAGGAGUAUUUAUGGUCCUGCGCCCAGAUAUCUAAGUGAUUACCUUCCUCAUGUUAGGGAUGCACACAAUCACAGCACCAGAUCGGGUGUUGCUAAUGUGCGCUUAUACAGGUUCAGGAGUAAUGCUGGGAAAGGUACUUUCUUGUAUACUGGAGCCUCAGAAUGGAAUGAGUUGCCUCUGUCUAUAAAAACAACGUCCUCUCUGGGCAGCUUUAAACAUAAAGUAAAAAUAUGUUUGAUGUCCUCUGUGCCCAUAUGAAUGACCCCUAUGAUGUAACUGGAAUGAUGAGAGAGAUGUUCUAUGUUUUUGUUUUAUUAUUUCACUGCCAUUCUGUGUUCCAUCUUGUCCAGCCAUCUUGUCUCAAGAGGACCACAAUGGAAGUAAGUCACAGACUUUAUUGUGUGUUAUCCUCAAUGAUUUUAUUUGUGUGCAUGCAUGUAUGGCUUUUAAGUUUUACGUGUGCUUGUUUUUUUUUAAUGGUCGAAUUAAUAAACUAAACUAAGUAAAGGGUC